GGGCAGGAGCUGGGACCAAGCAACGGGAGCUCACCCUGUUGCGGGGAUUCGAACCGCUGACCUUCUGAUCGGCAAGCCCUAGGCUCUGUGGUUGAACCCACAGCGCCACCCAUGUCCCAUAUAUACAUAUACAUAGCCCUUAAUAAUUUAAUAAUUUGGGAUCAGUUUACCUACAAGAUCACUUUUUCUUACAUGUGCCCACUUGACAGCUUUGAUUGGCGGAAUUGGCACCACUACAGGGGCCACAUAAUACCCUUCCUGCGUUGGAACGAACUCGGUCAUUUAGUGUGGCAGGGCAGAAAGAGAACUGAGAUAAUAAUUCAAGUCACACUACCCUAUCUCUCCAGGUACAGGUCAUAUACCAGGGUAAUCAAAGCAGUCUCUUUCCUUGAUCUGAAGCCAGAUUUAAAUAGGUACAGAGAAGUAUGUGAGUUUAAUCAUAUUGUGGCUGACAGUCACUAUGAGGUCAUGAAAUUCUUGUAUUCAGUUGUUACACAACCAACACUUCAUAAUAGUGGCACUUGGUCACAUCUUUGCAGAAUUCUAUUACUGUGAGAGGAAGACAAAUGAGAAAAGAAGGUUGAAACGAAAUGAGAAAAGAAGGUUGAAAUGAAAAUUGGAGUGCAACUAUGUUAGUAUUGACUUUUCUGCUUUGCAGCUGCUUACGUCAGUGUGAUUCUCAACAUCUAUAUUCAUGUUAGUCUCAUCAAGUCUGCUUAACAGGCUUUAUAGGAACUUGCCAGAGAUAAUUUGGGGUAUCUCUACUUGCUUCUCCCAACAACAUCCAUUCAGUAAUCAAAUUGUGACGCAGAUCAUUGUAUAAAAGUAUAUGGCCACCCUUCAUAUUUUGUGAUGGUUGCAAAGGAAUGAAAAGGGGAAGAGGAGAGAAAAGGCAGAAAUUCAGACAGCCACUUGCCUGUGAAUAUGUUUCUCCCCCUCCCCCAAUAUGGCAAAGGGUUAGUCAUAAGAGGCUGUUGCAGUAAAAAUAAUAAAGAGUCUUGUGCUGCCUUAAAAACUAACAGGUUUAUCAUAGCAGAAACUCUCAUGGUCUAGAGUUGACUUCAUCAAAUCUAAAUUAUGCCAUAAUAUAAAUCUUUAAGGUGCAACAAGACUCUUUGUUUUACUCUCUCCAAAAGCAUUGACUUCUUAUUCUCAUUUGCUUGAGUAUUACUCAGCCCAAGUCUGGCAAAGGGAGCAAAGAAAUUCAGCGGGAAAGCCUCCUCUUGACCUACAGGUCCCUAGACAUCUAUGCCCACCAGUCAGUUACUGGUAAGAUCCUUAUCCCAUUCACUUAAUUUCCUCCAGUUGCCAAAAAUUGUGGGAGUAGAAUCUAAUAACAAGAACAUCCUUGCCUGACAGGUGAUCAUUUGAAGCUUUCCUAUGGCUAUUACAAAAUCUAGGUACCUUAAUAGUAACUGUAAGUUAUGUUUGAUUUUGACAGGUUGAAAGGAAUAAUAGCUUAUAUUGAUAAUGUGAUACCAGAAGAAGGCGUAUCGCCUUCCAGCUCUGCUGGUGUAACCAAGAAACCCUACAGACUUCCCAAGGAGCUUGGAACAAUUUUUAUUGCAACUAUUCCAGUCAGCAUCUUUGCAUUCAUAGCGAAUGUAAUUGUCUUUUGGCUUUUCUGCUACAAGAUCAAACACACUAACUUAACCCCCUAUUUUUUAAAUCUUACUAUUGCAAAUCUUCUGACAAGCUUCUGCAGUGCUGAAGUUGCUUUUUUAUAUUCUAUAAAUGUACGUCUAGUUUCUCCAAUUCAACGUCUAAUCCAGAUGCUCUAUAUAUGUGCCUAUGACACCAAUUUAUACAUCUUUACAGCUCUCACUGUUGAAAGGUACAUCACUGUCUAUUUCCCAGUCUGGUGGCAACAUCACCGGUCUGAGUAUUUCUCAACCAUACUGUGUGUGAUUUUAUGGAUGUUGUCUUGCAAUCUGUCACUUCUGUACUUUUUUUUCUGCUUCCCAAAAUUCUUCAUAACCGCUAAGGAAUUUGAAUCUCAAUGUGGAACUUCCACUAUAAUAUCCUUAAUAACUGAGGUGGUUCUUGUCCCAUCCAGCGUGUUGUUUUUCUCUUUGGCCAUUUGGAUCAGAACCCUAAGAUCACAGCAAAAGCCUCGAGAAAGACUUGACAUUACCAUUGUGGCCAUAGCAACAGUGAUUCUUAUCUUCAAUGUCCCAACCAGAGCUACAUUUACUUUUUCAUUUUGGGAACUCUCAGUAGAUUUGACUACAUUGAAAAUCAUUACUGUGUUACUGGAUUCAAUCUGCUGCAGUGCCAUUGCUAUUGUGUACCUUAUUGUUGGAUGCUGGAAGAGGUGGGAAGCCUUAAAGUCCUUCCAUAUGUUACUUGAGGGAGCACUGGAGGAUACAGAAAACAUGCCAGAGUCAACCAAAACAGAUGAGGUGCAAGCCUGAAAAUAUCUCUGGCAUCAGAAGCCAACCCCCCCCCAACCCCCGCAUCAGAUGAUUAUAGAAAAACAUGGACAUUCUUUCCCAGUUCCAGAAUAAAUUUAUUACGAAUGCUUUGAUGUUGUGUUCAUUAUUUCUAAUGCACCCAUCUAGGCCCUAUACCAGGGCAAUCUCCAGUCCGGAUGGCUUCUUAUGCAGAGCCAGUUGGCGGAGUCAGAGGGCGGAGGUGACUGAGCCACCAAACACCGAGUUUGACAUUUCUCAGUGUGGUCAAUAAGCAGGGAUCCUACAAAGGAAGCAAAAGUGCAGUCAAGGUAACUGGACAGCGGAAAAAGGCAAGCAGACAACCACUAUGAAAAGGAGGUCAGAUAGAAUCAGAGAACUGUAGAGUUGGAAGGGACCACGAGGGUCAUACGUCCACCCCCUGCAAUGCAAGAAUCUUUUGUUCAACGUGGGGCUUGAACCCAUAACCAUGCGAUUAAGAGUCUCAUGCUCUACCAACUGAGCUAUCACAGCUUCAUGAGGUGGAUGGGCAAUAGAAGAGGAAAGCGAGAAGCCAGGAAGCCCAGAGAAAAGAAGUGUGCUGGUGGAUAUAUAUCUGGAAUAACUGAGAACAGCAUCCAGUACAUACAUCUCUGAGAAAAACCUUUGAAGCAAAUGCUAGAGAAGUAGCCUGGUGUUGUCAAUGCUGAACGGAACAUUUUAAAGUGCAAGAGCUCACUAUGGUAUCUCCCAUAGGCUAACCAUGCUGCCGCCAGAUCUGUUCAUAUAAACAUCUGCAUGUACAUACGGUAUUUUCCCCAACUCAUGCAAUUUGUUUUAUGUGCCUGAAACUUCUGGAUUUCUGUAUGCUUGCUUUUAUAUGACUUUUGUGUUUUUACUGUUGCUUUACUGGCUAUAGGUUUGUGUUUGUGUUUUAAUAUUAGAUAGAUAGAUAGAUCGAUAGAUGAUAGAUAGAUAGAUAGAAAGAUAGACAGACAGACAGACAUGACACCACUUAGAUAUUUUCAAAAUAUUAGGCAGUACAGUUGACCCACAACAUGGGGGGGGGGUUGCGUUCUGGGGGUUGCACAUAAAACUAGAAUUGUAUAUAGUUGAAACUACCCCAGAAUUAUCCCUGCAUGAGCACCCCCAACCUUUCUGAAGCUGGAGGGCCGAGCAGGCUUUGCCUUCCCCAUGAAGGUUCUGGUGAGAUCUCAUGGAGCCGUUCAAGAUCUUGUGAGAUCUCACAAGAUCUCCCCAGAGCCAGCUUCCGGUUCCGCUCUGCCUUAAUGGAACCAGACCCCAUGACAGCAGGAGAUCAUUGGCAAAGGAAAAACAAGGAUGAUUGAGGGUAAUUCUCCUUGCAAAUUCCCCCCCAGGGAUGGGGGAAAUGGGCUUCACUCGCAGUUCGUCUCAGUACCUGGCUCUUGCUCUGACAUGGAAUGCGGGGGCAGGGAGGCGCUGAGUGCAAAAUCACUUUGCCUGGUGAAAACCCUCCAAUGCUGCCAUUAAGAAGCAGAGGUUCUCCUGUUCAUUAGAACUUAAUUGGACUAAAGUACAGGAACGUGCUAGAAGAGAUGAGAUCACAAACUGUGGAAUAAAACCAACUGCAAGGACUUUAAGGUUUGAACUCGAGAUAAGACUUCAUUAGAUGCAAAAGAUGUGGGGAGGGGAGCCUAUGGUUUCUUUAUUUAAAGUUCUCUACAUUUAUGAUUUGACAAUCUCCUCUGAAUGUUAGUUCAAAUUAUAUUUGUACAAGCGAGGAUGGAAGAAAUUGGAUUAUACAUAUGGAAUAUAACAUUAAAUGGAACUGUGUGUAUUUAAAAAAAGGAAAAAGGGAGGGAAGUUCUAUUUUGCAAAAGGUUUACAAUGGAAACUUAGAGCUGACUCUUCCUCACCCUUAAUUAUUUAUGGAGUGACUUGGAAUUUAUUUAUAAGAGGACUUGGAAUUUAAUUUAAUUGGAAGUAUAAUUGCUCAUAUAUCCUCAGUUGGACAGAAGGAUGAAAGGAGUCUGCAAACUGCCAAGGAAUUGAUAAGGUUCAUUAUUGAGUCAUCUGCAGUUCGAAAGACCACUCUUCUUGCCAGGCUGAGAGGAAAAAUGGUGAGAACAGGUUAUUUAUUGGAACAGAGUGACUUUUGCAGCUGUUGUUAAAGUUGCAAAACAACGAAGCACGGGACGGAGCGAUGGAGAAAUUUCUGGAACAGCAAUGGGAUAUCAGCUCCGUCCAAGUCAUGACAGAUAACAGCAACAAACGGGGGUGGGGGGGGAGAAGAGAGACAUAACAUCUUACAAGGACAGGAAGAAACACAAUAGACAGAACAAUUGCCACACACAGGAAGAAAAAAGAUAUAGUUUGAGUUCCUCGCUUGCAGUUUUAUAAAUCAUUUAAUGUGUCAACAUGAAUAGAAGUUAUUAAUACUGCAGUUGUUGUAUAAGGGAUUGUUAUUAUCAUCAGAAUGUAAUGGAAAUUAAUAAGAUUUUGAAUGCAGAAUUAAAGCAAAUUAUCAAGCCAUCAAUCUUUAUCUAAAUUAUCAGUAUUUGAACGAUUGGUAAUAAUAAUUGUAUUAUAAAUUGGUAUUCUUAUAAUGAGGCUAUUAUUGAAUUGUAAUCGAAAAUAAAAAUGUACACACACAUACAUAUAUAUAUAUAGAGAGAGAGAGAGAGAGAGAAAGAGUUCUCCCCAGAGCCUGUAGGAAGGCUUCCCAGAAUCUGGUUAGCAAGGUGGAGAACUUAAAAGCUCCUUCUGUGGUGGGAAAACCAGGCACAGAGAGAGCUUUUAAGCUCUCAACCUUGCUUACCAUGCUCUGGGAGACUCUCUUGCAGGCCCUGGAAGUUCUCACAAGAUUUCACAAAGCUGUCCAAGAUCUUGCCAGAGGCUCCCAGAGCUCAUUAUCCGCAGCCCUUCCUCAUAUGCCCCUUCCAUGGGAGGUUUGGAGGGUGGCAAGAAGAUAGCAGGCCUUUCCCAGUGAUGGUCCCUGCAUGGGAAAUGCUCUGCCUGGGAAAGCACACCUGAAACCAUUCUUAUCUAGUUAUAGGUGCCAGGCAAAGACUUUUCUCCCCCACUCCUAGGCUUUUGGACCUUAAUUUAAAGAAUAUUGUGGCCUUUUUAGUUGGGUAGGGCUUGUAACCCUGACUAGGUCUCUGAGCUAUGGCUAAGGACAAAUGCUCCACGAUGCAUCGUUCUCCUGCCUUCUGCUGUGGCUGAGCAGUUAGAGAGUUUCCAUGUGCAAUAUGUGGACCGUAAGAAAGUUGUUUCCUUUCCCUGGGUGGAAAUGGAAGCCUUCAAAACUUUUUUAGAAACCAUGCAAGGAGUGGCUCCAGUCCCACUUUCUGGUAUCUCUCCACCAUUCAGGAACGGAACCAGUCCAGACUGUUGAAGAGCUUACGAUGACUGAUGAUAUGAAAAGAUCUCCGGAAAACUGAGAUAACAAAUGAGGCAGAGGCGCUGGCUUCUCCAGUGGAUGGGGGGGUGGCUGGUGUGACAUUAUGAAAUGUGGCAAGGAGCCGGGGUGGGGCCAAACACCCCAGCCCCCUCAAAAUAUACAUUUGGGGGGCUGAAACUGCCUUGGCCCCUAGGAGUCGGUGCCUAUGAAAUGAGGUAACUCUGUUCUGUGAACUGCCCUGAGACCUCCGGGUAUAGGGCGGUAUAUAAAUUUGAUAAAUAAAUGAAUAUAAAUAAAUAAAUAAAUACUCUCUCUCCAGGUACACGUCAUCUACCAGGGAAAUCAAAGCAGUCUCCUUCCCUUCAUUUGAAGCUAUAUGUAUAUAGGUACAAGGUGAUAUCACUGUGAGCGUAACCAUAUCGCACCUGACAGUAGUUGUGAGGUCAUGAGAUUCUAGUAUUCAGUUUGUUACAUAUGUCACACUUCAUAGGUGUGGAACUGGUCAUAUUAUGCAGAAGCAUGGUCAAAGAAGUUUGAAAUGAAAAUUGGAGUACAAUCACGUUAGUACUGACUCUUCUGUCUUGCUACUGCUCAUGUGAGUUUGAUUUUUAAACACCCACAUUUCUGCUAGUUCCCCUCAUCAUCUAUCUGUUUAGCAGGCCUUGUAGGAACCUGCAGAAUUAAUUCUGACUGUAUGUGGUCUAUUUCUCCAAAGAGAACCCAAUCAGCGAUCAGAUCUUUAAGCAGUUUACUGCAUAAAUAUAUACCUAGCCUUUGUACUUUUGUGAUGGGUAGGAAUGGCAGAGGGGCAAUGAGAAAAGGCAGAAAAUCUUAUAUCUGUUAUCGCCAAAAAAAAAAAAAAAAUCCUGAAGGAAAAGUUACGAGAUUAUGUUCUAUUAUGCUACUGAAACUUUAUUUUCCCCAUAACAAAAAUAUUACAAUUCUAGUUGCUGCUAACGAGGGAGAAGGGGUGAAGGCGAAACUUUUAUUAUUGACCUAUUAAACUGCAUUUUUGUUGGAAUCCAUUUUGCUCAGGCAAUAUAUGAAAGGCCUCCAAGUGGAGUUAGCUUGUUUUUGCAACUGCUCAGCAUUUCGUUGAAGUCAGCAGUUGCUAAUCUUAAAAUACAUAUACAGUGGUACCUCAGGUUAAGUACUUAAUUCGUUCCGGAGGUCCGUACUUAACCUGAAACUGUUCUUAACCUGAAGCACCACUUUAGCUAAUGGGGCCUCCUGCUGCCACUGCACCGCCGGAGCACGAUUUCUGUUCUCAUCCUGAAGCAAAGUUCUUAACCUGAGGUAAUAUUACUGGGUUAGCGGAGUCUGUAACCUGAAGGGUAUGUAACCUGAAGUGUAUGUAACCCGAGGUACCACUGUACCUUAAAAUACCUUACUGUGGCUGCUGUGAGUGUGGAGGAAGCAAGUGUCCCAUCCCUAGGCCAGAUGGGAAAAGGCCUAGCAUCAGGGAGCGGGGCCCACACUUGCUUCAGGUCGUGGCAGAUGUUCUCCUGGUGACACCUAGUUUGGUUGUCUUAGGUGAUUUUAACACUCAUGCUGACACAACCUUACAAGGGGCUGCUCGGGACUUCAUGGAAAGCAUGGCUUCCAUGGAGCUGUCCCUGAAUAAGUUUGGCCCAACUCAUAACCGCGGACAUGCCUUGGACCUGGUGUUCACCUCUAUGGAUGUUAGUGAUCUGACACUAAGUAAAAGUAAAACUAAAGAAGUGCCAUGGUCAGAUCACUUCCUGGUGCAUCUGGACUUCUCCACGACCCUUCCCCUCUGCAGGGAGGUGUGACCGAUUCAGAUGGUCCGCCCCCGCCACUUAAUGGACCCAAAUGAUUUCCAGACUGUGUAGGGUAUGUUUUAUCCCAUGUUGAUGGCCUUUCAGCUGAUUCCCUAGUGGUCCGCUGGAAUGCGGAGUUAACCAGGGCUAUUGACUGUUUGGCUCCGAAGCGCCCUCUCCGAUUACAUGGAGCCCGGACAGCCCCGUGGUUUUCCCUGGAGCUGAGGGUGAUGAAACAAUUGCUGAGAUGGGUAGAGCACUGGUGGCGGAAAACUCAUUCUGAAUUGGACCGGAAACAGGUUAGAGCUCAAUGUUGAGCCUACCAAGUGGCAAUAACGAUGGCGUAGAGGACUUUCUUUACCGCCUCUAUUGCAUAUGCAGAAAGUAGCAAAGUAGCAGCAGGAGACUCUUUCAGGUGGUUCGCAAUUUAACAGAACCACCUUUGCCAUCGGGGCCUAGAAAAGACCCCAAUAUCUCCUGCAAUGAUUUUGCAAAGUUUCUUGCAGAUAAAGUCUCUCAGUUUUGCAAAGAGGUAGACUCCACCAUGGGAGCAGGGCCGGAGUGGGGAAGUGCUAGAGUCCUGUCUAGUCAAGUUGCAUGGAAUCAGUUCCAAUCUGUUACCUCUGAGGAUGUGAACAUGCUGCUUAGGCAAGUGAAACUGACCACCUGUCUCCAUGAUCCUUGCCCAUCGUGGCUAAUGAAAGCGAGCCGGGAAGGGCUGGGCAAUGGGCUCUGUGGGGUGGUGAAUGCUUCCCUCUGUGAGGGAGCCUUCCCAGCCACGCUAAAAGAGGCGGUUACUAAACCGCUUCUUAAAAAAACAUCUUUAGACCCGGCUAAUAUGGCCAACUAUCGCCCAGUCUCAAAUCUUCCAUUUUUGGGCAAGGUGAUUGGGCGGGUGGUUACUGAACAACUCCAAGCACGCCUGAAGGAUGCGGACCAUUUGGAUCCCUUCCAAUCGGGAUUCAGACCUCAUCAUGGGACUGAAACUGCCUUGGUCACGCUGGUUGAUGAUCUCUGGUGGGCUAGGGACAAAGGUGAAAGCUGUUUCCUAGUUCUGCUGGAUCUCUCAGCAGCCUUUGAUACCAUCGACCAUAACAUCCUUCUGCACCAUCUAGAGAAGCUGGGAGCACUGUUAUACAGUGGUUCUGCUCCUUUCUCCUGGGCCGUGUCCAGAAAGUGGUGAUGGGGGAUGAGUGUUCAGACCCCUGGGCUCUCACUUGUGGGGUCCCUCAGGGUUCCAUCCUCUUCCCCAUGCUUUUUAACAUCUAUAUGGAACUGCUGGGAGAGAUCAUCAGGGGAGAGGUCUGCACGAUGCUAAUGAAAGAGAGGAGGCGGACUUAGCAUGGCUUUCCCGAUCGGGGAAGGGGGCGGCUGCCGGGGACAGAGGGAGGCAAGAAGGAGCCAUGUCUCUGACAAGGGAAGGCGGAAUCAGUAUCAGCAACAGCAACAGCUAUUUUCAAAUUCUUACUUUGAGUAUUCUACCAUAGGAUAGUGCUUUGUCCCACUUAAACUAAGCAUUCAUAUGAAUUCAUCUCUGAAUUUUCUAAGAUUUUGCUUGAAAAAAAUGGUCCCCCCCCAAUUAUAUUAACUGAGUCACUUAAGUCACUCCUUACUCAUAUUUUUGCUAAACUAAAAAGUCUUGAAUGCUGCAACCAUUCCUCAUGGGGGGUGGGGGAUGAAUUCUGAUAUCCGCCUAUUACAAGCAGCCAAACAAGGGAGAGCAUAAAUAAAUUCAAAAUUGGCAAUUCUCUGCCAGAUUUUGGGAAGUGGAAUACUGAAAAACUCAAUACCUUAAUAAUUACAAAUUAUAUGUGAUUUCUAUAGGUUGAGAAGAAAAAUGGAAUACAUUGAUAAUGUCAUGAUGGCAAAAGCAAACACCUUGUCUUCCCACACUGCUGGUGCACCCAAGAAAAUGGUCAAAUACAUGGAGGCUUCAUACUAUUUCAGAUUAAAUAUGCUGAUUGCAUCUGUUCCCAUCUGCAUUGGUGGAUUAAUAGCUAAUGCAAUUGUCUUGUACCUUUACUGCUGCAAGAUCAACAAGCCAAAGUUAGGCCCAUAUUUUUUAAAUGUGACCUUUGCAAAUCUUAUUAUAAUCUUGUGCAACCUUGAAGUGGCUGCUUUUUUUCUCGGAGACAUGAAAACCCCUACAGUAGUCCAACGUGUAAUGGAGAUGCUUCAUAUUUUUGCAUAUGAUACCACCUUAUAUAUCUUCACAGCUCUCACCGCUGAAAGGUUUCUCACUGUCUAUUUCCCAGUCUGGUGGCAACAUCACCGGUUCAAAGAUUUCUCUAUCUCAAUGUGUGCGAUUUUGUGGAUGGUUUCUGGCCUGGAGUCACUUAUGGCAUAUUUUUCCUGCUAUCCAAGAUAUGAAACCGUUAAUGCUAACACUGCCAUCUGUACAAUUGCAAAUAUAGUGGAAGUCAUCAUGGAAGCCAUCGUUUUUUCCCCCAGCUUGUUCUUCUUCACUUUGGCCAUUUGGAUCAGAAGUCAAAGACCACAGCAAAAGCCUCUAGCAAGACUUGACAUCACCAUUGUAGUCAUAGCUAUUCUGAUUCUGAUUCUCAGUGUCCCAACUAGAUUACUUCAUGCUAUUUCAUAUUGGGUGGAAUCAAUGAACUGGUAUCUGUUGACGACCACUGCUCUGUUACUGGAUUCUUGUACCUGCAGCAGCAUUCCUUUUGUAUUACUCAUUGUUGGAAGCUGGAAGGGGCAGAAAGGCUUUGAACCCUUCUGUAUGUUUCUUGAGAGGGCUUUAAAGGAUACUGAAGACACAUCAGAGCCAACAGCAGCGAACCAGGAGCAGGCAUGACAAUAUCCUUGGCCUCAGAAGUAAUUUCUUUUUAAAAAUAAAAUAAAAUGUAUACAUUUUAUGGAGAAAAAAACAACAUUCCUUCCAAGUUUCAGAAUAAAUUUAUUUCAAAUAC